AUGUUCCAAGCCCUCCUGAUGGAUGGGAAUCCUGCUUCCGCCUUCGGGAAACAGCCCGUUGUCUUCGUUGUCAUCUUCAUCACCACCAUCUCUGCCGUCUUCACCGCCACCAUCUUCGCCAUCUUCGUCAUCGCCAUCUUCGUCGUCUUCAUCGUCACCGUCUUCGUCAUUGCCAUCUUCGUCUUCAUUGCCGUCGUUGUCGUCAUCGCCGUCUUUGUCACUGUCUUCGUCACCGUCUUCGCCGUAGUCGUCUUUGUUGUCGUCGUCAUCGCCAUCUUCACCAUCGCCAUCUUCGCCGUCUUCAUCGUCUCAAUCUUCGUUGUCGCCGUCUUCGUCGUCAUCUUUGUCUUCGUCGUCAUCAUCUUCUUCAUUGUCAUCAUCAUCAUUCUUGCUCAUCAUCUCCUUCGUCCGUCUUCUUCAUCAUCGUCUUCAUUGUCAUCGUCGUCUUCGUUGUCGUCUUCUUCUUCAUCAUGGUCGUCUUCGUCGCUGCCGUCGUCUUCGUCAUCGCCGCCGUCAUCUUCGUCAUCAUCUUCUUUGUCGUCGUCUUUGUCAUCGUCGUCGUCUUCUUUGUCGUCGUCGUCUUCCUCAUCAUCUUUAUUGUCAUCUUCGUCAUCAUCGUCUUCGCCGUCAUCAUCGUCUUCUUUGUCGUCAUCGUCAUCUUCAAAUUUUUCACCGCCGCCUUCUUCACCAUCAUUGUCAUCAGCUUCUUCACUGUCGUCAUCGUCAGCUUCUUUGUCGUCGUUGUCGUCCACUUCUUCAUCAUCGUCAUCGUAAUCGGCGUCAGUGGCACCAGCGGCAUCAUCGUCGUCAGCUUCUUUGUCGUCGUCCUCAGCUUCUUCGUCAUCGUCAUCAGCUUCUUCAGUGUUGUCGUCGACGUCUUUGCUGUUGUCGUUGUCGUCAACUUCUUCACCGUCAUCGUCAACUUCUUCACCGUCUUUGUCGUCUUGUUGGUCAUCGCCGCUGUCAUCUUCGUCGUCAUCUUCUUUGUCGUCGUCUUUGUCAUCGUCGUCGUCUUCUUCAUCGUCGUCGUCUUCUUCAUCGUCGUCGUCUUCCUCAUCAUCUUUAUUGUCAUCUUCGUCAUCAUCGUCUUCGCCGUCAUCAUCGUCUUCUUUGUCGUCAUCGUCUUCCUCAUCAUCUUUAUUGUCAUCUUCGUCAUCAUCGUCUUCGCCGUCAUCAUCGUCUUCUUUGUCGUCAUCGUCAUCUUCAAAUUCUUCACCGUCGUCGUUGUCAAAUUCUUCACCAUUGUCGCCGUCAUCGUCAUCGUCAGCUUCUUUGCCGUCGUCGUUGUCACGUUCUUCUUCAUCGUCGUCAUCAGCUUCAUCAUCGUCAACUUCUUCAGGGUCGUCGUCGUCGUCGUGAUCUUCAUCAUCGUUGCCGUCAGCUUCUUCACCGUCGUUGUUGUCGUCAGCUUCUUCACCGUCGUUGUCGUCAGCUUUUUCGUCGUCAUCGUCAUUGUCGUCAGCUUCUUCAUUGUUGUCGUCGUCUUUGUCAUCAGCUUCAUCGUCGUCAGCUUCUUCAGCGUCAUCAUCAGCUUCUUCACCAUCAUUGUCAUCAGCUUCUUCACUGUCGUCAUCGUCAGCUUCUUUGUCGUCGUUUGGGUCGUCAUCGUCAUUGUCGUCAGCUUCUUCAUUGUUGUCGUCGUCUUUGUCAUCAGCUUCAUCGUCGUCAGCUUCUUCAGCGUCAUCAUCAGCUUCUUCACCAUCAUUGUCAUCAGCUUCUUCACUGUCGUCAUCGUCAGCUUCUUUGUCGUCGUUGUCGUCCACUUCUUCAUCAUCGUCAUCGUAAUCGGCGUCAGUGGCACCAGCGGCAUCAUCGUCGUCAGCUUCUUUGUCGUCGUCCUCAGCUUCUUCGUCAUCGUCAUCAGCU